CCCCGGUCAUGUCGGCGCUCAGAUUUCUGGCCCUCCUGGCUGUCCUGCUGGCGACCGCCAGGGCAGGCUCGGCCGCCCGCGCGGACAUCGUGGGCGGCAGGAAGGCCCGGAGGCAGCAGUUCCCGUUCCUCGUCUCCCUCCAGAACCAGGGGCGCCACGUCUGCGGGGGCGCCCUGGUCCACCCACUCUUCGUGCUCACAGUCGCCAGCUGCUUCCAAAGCCGGAACCCCGGGAUUGUCACCGUGGUGCUGGGGGCCUACGACCUGAGGAGGCAGGAGAGCUCCAGGCAGAGGUUUUCCGUGAGGAGCAUCAGCGAGAACGGCUAUGACCCCCAGGAGAAUCUGAAUGACCUGCUGCUGCUGCAGCUGGACCGCGAGGCCAAUCUCACCAGCGACGUGGCGCUGGUACCGCUGCCCCCACAGAACGCCACGGUGGAACCCGGCACCAGCUGCCAGGUGGCAGGCUGGGGGUCCCGACGGCGCGGGGGGCGUCUCUCCCGCUUCCCAAGGGUCGUCAACGUCACCGUGACGCCCCCGGACCGGUGUCGCCCCAACAACAUUUGCACCCGCGUCUUCACCCGCCGGGGCGGCGUCUGCGAGGGUGACAGGGGCACCCCCCUUGUCUGUAACGGCCUGGCACAUGGCGUGGCCUCCUUCACCCUGGGGCCCUGCGGCCGGGGCCCCGACUUCUUCACCCGCGUGGCGCUCUUCCGGGACUGGAUCGAUUCUGUUCUGAACACCCCAUCACAGGAGCACUGGCCUGAGGGGCCCCCCACCGAGCCCAUGGGGGGCCUGUGACCUCCCACGCUCCGUGUCCUGUGGCUCUUCGUG